UCUUACACCGUAGUCGACGAUCCACGCCCCUCCAAUACCUUGCCAUACUGACAACCUCUAAUAGUCUCUUGUAAUUCUGAAAAUAGACUGGAGCGUGUUUUGAAAAUCUAGUGAUAACUGGUGUGUUUUUUUUAAGUGAUUUUAAGAUGAGGAUGUAUUAGGUGAGAGAGAGAAGGUGUUAAGUCGCGGUGGUGGUAGUGGCUAUGUAACACGAGUGACAAGUGCAACACCUACACCAUCUUCCAGCAGUGAUCACCUGUUCCCCCACCCACCCCCGCGGCCGUCGCUGCCAAAAUUUUAAAGGUUCUUCUGUUGAACCCUCUGGCCACAGCACUCGUCUCUUGGUAGUGUUCAUCGUUCACUGGAGAGUGCAAGAGCGUCGCCCUCCUCAGUCUCACGGCCAGUUCACCACUCAGUAACGCAGCCAGUCUCACAGCCAGUUCAACACCCAGUAACGCAGCCAGUCUCACAGCCAGUUCACCACCCAGUAACGCAGCCAGUCUCACAGCCAGUUCAACACCCAGUAACGCAGCCAGUCUCACAGCCAGUUCACCACUCAGUAACGCAGCCAGUCUCACAGCCAGUUCAACACCCAGUAACGCAGCCAGCCUCACAGCCAGUUCACCACCCAGUAACGCAGCCAGUCUCACAGCCAGUUCACCACCCAGUAACGCAGCCAGUCUCACAGCCAGUUCACCACCCAGUAACGCAGCCAGUCUCACAGCCAGUUCAACACCCAGUAACGCAGCCAGUCUCACAGCCAGUUCACCACUCAGUAACGCAGCCAGUCUCACAGCCAGUUCAACACCCAGUAACGCAGCCAGUCUCACAGCCAAACAUAAAGCCACUUGCCCCAUCAGUGAGAGUUACAGGACUGGUGAGGGGCAGCAUCAGUAUGGACGUCGGGCAGCGGUGGAGGUGAUGGUCGGGUCGUCUCAAGCUGCAAUGGCACUGUUAACUCGUGGCACCGGGCACCACAACCACCCCGUAUAACCACCACUCAACGAGAACCACUACAACCACCAUACAGUGUGCAACAACGACCACUACAAACACCAUACUACCACAAUGGUGAUUACUGGCUGAACCUGACACACGGUUCUCGUCCUCACUGCCCACCUCUCCACUGACCCCAUCCACCCAUAUCACCUGUAUUCCUUCUGUCGUCCAGCCUAGAUCACCCACAGCCUUCGUCACCCCCGCCCACCUUCACCCUUUACUCCACCCACCCAGUGAUCCAAUUCGCUUUCAAGAGCCACUUUUUAUCGUCGCCCCACAACUUGCUCGUCCAUUCCUGAGCCUCUCUUAACUGAUCAUGUCUUAACACCGUUACCUUUCCUACAAUCCAUCCCGCCCUUCUUUUACCCUACAUAUCCCCACUCAGGCCGUCCACCUCCCUCUACAACACGCCCACCGCCUUCUACAACUCGCCCACCGCCCUCUACGACCCUCCUUACCACCCCCAGGCCCCGCCCAUCCAAGGUUGUGGUAAUAGUGACACACUGCGGGUGCCCCCUCCCCCCAACACACACACACCGCAAGCUACCUCAGUGGUGGAGGCUCACCAGUGACUUAACUCUGGAAUAAUAGUGCACGAGCUCUGACCCCCAGUCAUAUAUCUCAUCCUGUAGUGUCAAGCGAAACUGUUUACGUUAAGGCAGUCAUACACCAGUGGACCUGAAGACGUACAACACAAGUAAUUGUUACAGAAAGCAAGUGAGUUAACCCGGAAACAACCUGUGUAUAUAGUGUCAUUAAGUUCGCCUUAGUUUAGUGUUAUUUAUUUACCUUGUGAGGGGCUGAAGUGAGAGUUCCUGCUCGUUCUUCAAUACUAUUUCACCUGCCUAGUAGUCUACCCUGCAUGUGGAGGACCAGGAGAACCAUCACCUUUGAGUGUCGUGAGAACCCGACACCUGCGAGCGUCUAACAGUAAUCAUCAGCUGUGAGUGCACCGAAGCCUGUCAUUUGUGGCACAUGUGAGUACCCAGGAGAUACUGUUACUUAUGGUAGUAAGGAAGUAUUCGCCUGUGGAGAGGAGUGGUACACGUCCUCUAUGAAACUGGAGGAAUACGCGACACCUGUGGAUGUGGAGAGGAAGCCAUCAGCUGUAGUGCACGAUCCCUCCUUUCCCUGCCAGACCCUUGGGGCAGGAACACCCUGGGGGCGAGGACCCGCCUCCACGGACCUAGGACUCAGUAUGAUGAUCUUGGGACGCUCACCACGCUACACCAAGCUCUCCACCUGCAGCGAGGACGCCAGUGAACACGAGUAUGAGGUGGCUGUUCCUGCCUUCUAUGAUGACUACACGAACGGAGAUCCAGAUGGAAAUGGAGAAGUUGAAGCAGGGCCAAGAAGUUUGCCAUCUUCCAGUGUGAGCUCUUCUGCCUCCGACCAUUGCCAUGCACCUAGACUUGAUUACCAAGCAUCACGGCAAGCCAUGAUGAAGCUUUUUGUGGCAUGUGGCCUUACAUCAGUAUUCAUGGUUAGUGAAGCUGUGGGAGGAUACUUUGCAAACAGUAUUGCCAUCAUGUCUGAUGCAGCUCACUUAUUCAGUGACCUCACAUCCUUCAUUGUAUCAUUAGUGGCAAUUUACCUCUCCAUGCAACCUGCUUCAAAAAAGAUGAACUUCGGGUAUUACAGAGCAGAGGUAUUAGGUGCAGUAGUGAGUGUUCUCAUCAUUUGGGUGAUUACUGGCAUUCUAGUCUAUGCAGCAAUUCAACGAGUCAUCUCCAUGAAAUUUGAGGUGGAAGCAGACACUAUGAUUAUCGUGUCUGCUCUUGGGGUUGUUAUCAAUAUCAUCCUGGGUAUUGUUCUUCACGUAGGACAUGGUGCACAUGGCCACAGUCAUGGAGGACUGAGUCAUAGCCAUGGUCCCAGUGGACGUGACGCCCACUCUGACCAACACUCAUCAUCUGACAAUACUAAUAUUAAUGUCAGAGCAGCUUUCAUCCAUGUUGUAGGAGAUUUGAUACAGAGUGUUGGUGUUCUAAUAGCUGCCUAUAUCAUUAGGUUUUAUCCUGAAUAUAAGGUAGCAGACCCCAUCUGCACCUUCAUAUUCUCCAUUCUUGUGAUUAUAACAACAGUGCCAAUCCUGAAAGAUUUGGGUAUUGUUUUGAUGGAGGGGAUGCCACCAGGAAUUGACUAUGUUUCAGUCUGCUCUAACCUCACAGCAUUGCCUGGAGUGAAAAUGGUUCACUCUCUACAUGUGUGGGCACUUACACUUGAUAAAAAUGCAUGUUCAGUGCAUUUAGCAAUAAGUGAAGAAAGUGACCCAGAAGUUGUGUUAAGAGAUGCUCAGAGAGUUAUAAGGGCCCGUCACCAAAUAUUCCACACAACUAUCCAAGUAGAGCGGUAUCAGCCUCUCCUAAUGGACAACUGCCAACAGUGCCAACCACUUUCUAGAUGAGAGGCAUCUGUGGUUACAAGUGUGUGUGUACUUAGUUCAGUAGUUUAAAAAAUUAAAAGUUUUAUUUUACCAGUGUCCCCUGUGGUAUAUCAGAUUGUGAUUAAAUAUUUUUAAUUAGUUAUCAUGAUAUUAGUUUUAGAGUAUCAAGACACUUUGUAUUACGUGUUAUAAUAUCAUUGAAUUAUUAUUUGAGUUUUACUGAAGGAACGGUACGUUUACUGCCAUUUGAUAGGAAACCUUUUCAUAGAAAGGAAAUUAUUAAAGAUCAGGAUUUAUGAUAUUUUGUGUAAGAUACUGUUGAAAUUUAGCUCAAUGAGUGAAGACUUGUUUUAGGGAGGCAUCUGUAAGCUUUCCAUGUUAUUUAACUUGCAUAUUUUGUAUUUCAAGCCAAGCAGUCACCUGUGAAAAUGUUUGAAGAUAUAAA